AUGCUGGCGACACCAGUUUUUCCUUCUAAAUCCCCAAUUUGCUUCCAAUCGCACCACCGCCACAUGUCUAUACGCUCCGCCGUGGCCCAGGGUGCGCCGCCAGCCGCAGCGGCAGUGGACAAGGGAAGCCUGUACGAAGUUCUGCGUGUGAAACACAACGCAUCGCAAACGGAGAUCAAGACGGCAUACAGAACGCUUGCGAAGAUAUACCACCCCGAUGCCACCUCGUGUUUCAUGAGUUCAUCGAUUUGUUGUCCUUCAUCAUCAUCAGAUGGUCGAAAUUUCAUUGAGAUCCAUAACGCCUACAGCACGUUAUCGGAUCCUGACGCCAGGGCGGUCUAUGACUUGAAAUUGAGCACCGGAUCUCAACGGCGGAGGCCGCAAACUUCGAGUGUUUCUGGAUUUAGGAGUCCGGGUAGGACGAGAUUUAACUCGACUCGAAGGUGGGAGACGGAUCAGUGUUGGUGA